AUGGCUCAAUACCUUCUCCUAUCUUUCAACCAAAAAGUCCCCGCAACUGCAAAUGGACGUUCUUUGGAAACAAUUGUCCAAAAUGCCUCACAAGGUUUUGGGACAGUUAAGGAAUUUAAAGUAUCAAAUGAACUUGCUAAGUUCACAUCAACUGAUCAGCUUAUGUCUGUUGCUGAUGAAUUGACCAAGAUCGAUACAAUCGCAUUUGGUCUUGUUACACGUGCAGCACGUUCAAUUCAAGAUCUUGCAAAGAAGAUCACUUCUGAUCACAAUGACGGCUUCGCUGAUGUCUGCCCACAAGAAACAUUCGGACAGGUCGAUAUACCACAGCUUCAUGUUGAAGUUGAUGACGAAAAUGACGAAGAGCAACUCAAAUUCGAUGAAGCUCUCGAAAAAUGGAAGUGGAACGAAACCAUCUUCUCAUCAAACAGACUUAUCGAUGAAAUGCAUAAAAAUCUUCAAUCCGAAGUCAGCAGAAUGGAAGAAGAUUUACGUACAUCAGGCACAGCUUUCACAGAAGCCCAAACACGCCUUAACAACCUUCGUCGUCGUAAUGAAGGCAGCCUUCUUGUUCGCUCUCUUGACCCAAUUGGGUCCAAGAUGCAGCUCGUUCAGUCCCUUGAAGAUUACAAGGCUUCCAAGGCUGUCAAAUCCCCAAUCUACGUUGAUACAGCCAACUUGACAACAGUUCUCGUUGUCGUUCGCUCAGCCAAUGGCCAACAAUUCGAAAAAGGUUACGAACUCGCAGAGAGCUACAUCGUUCCAAACAGCUGCCAGAAGCUCGAACAGGAUGGCGAUUUCAUCUGCUACGCUGUUACACUCCUUCGCGCUAAUGUCGACGAUUAUAAGACAGCUGCUAAGGAGAAAGGUUGGCACGUCCGUGAUUUCAAGUACAGCGCUACAAUGCGUGAAGAUAUGAUCAAGGAAGCAAAGGAUGCUGUCGAUCAUUACCUCAAUGAAUGCAAGAAAUACAAGGAAAUCCUCGAGAAUACAUUCUCACACCUUUCCGUCGUUUGGAUGCAUAUCCGUGCCCUCCGCGUUUUCGUUGAAUCUACACUUCUUUACGGUAUUCCACCGAAUUUCAAGGCUUAUCUUAUCAAAUCGAACACAAAGGGUAUGCAGCGUAUCCACAAGAACCUCGAGCAGGUAUUCGGUGAUGACAUGGGUGGAGAUGAUGACGAUGGUGCUGAUGUCGAUAGCGAAUACCAUCCAUAUGUUUCAUUUAACUUCAACCUUCUCGGUUUGAUUUAA